AUGAAUCGUGAAAUUCCAGGCUAUUAUUUCGAUCAAGAGAAAAAGAAGUACUUCAAAAUCGAAAAAACACAGACAGCGCCCUCAUCAGUGGCAUGGUCUUCAGAUGCUGUCAAAAGGCGCAAGGUUGAGGAUAAAGUUCAGAAAUCUGCCCGGCGCCGAGCAUACCUGACACGGAAUCACAUCAAACGUCACUUUCUUGCUAAAGAUGCAGUUUGCUCUGCUCUUCUCACUCGAGAAAUUGGUCUACCAUAUGCUGCAGAGCGUGGUCGCGGCAGAUUGGAAGAUAGGGAUCUUGGUGCUGCGGCGUGGGCAGACGGCUUGGUAGCCAAGGGUGAUGUCCCUUUUGCACCGAGCUUUGCAAGGCAGCGGUAUCCGAAUAUGCCUUGUUUUCACGUGUCUGGUGAAGAUGACAAAACGGGCUUGGGAGUUGCCUAUGCUACUUUGGACGAGGAAGCUCUUGUAGGAAGCUAUAUUCCUACAAAUAAGAAUGACUCGAUUCACUUCUCGAGGGAAGCACCCAGCUCUUCUGGCCGGGCCUUGGCUUUCCGGACGGAGAUGGUACGAUGCCCUCAGAUGUCGUCGAUCAAGUACCACCGCUCCUCACACAAAAUGCUGUUGACCUCUCGGGAGCCAGAGCAUAGUUGUGGUCUAUAUCUAUUUUCACCACUGUUGUCAGACCCUGAGGACGAGACUCGCCCGCAUUGGCUUAUUGGCGAGAGAAAUAAUUACGAACGACUAUCAGUCCGUCAUGGCUUACACGAUGAGUGGAUGGUCCACAGCAGCGCACCAGCUCCCCCCUCCUCAGACCUUGUCUGUGUACUUGGGUCCAAUAACGGAUUGGUGCAAGUACACUCGAACGAGACGCUCUCAGCCAUUGCACCAAAAGUUGCCCCAAAGGGCAUGAAGCUUCCGCAAGAAAUAUUCGCGCAGGACUUCCAAGAGGGAAAUCACAAUAUCUUGCUAGCUGGUGGCAGACAACCCAGGCUUUGGAUCACAGACCUUCGUGCCCCAGAGCCUCAGUGGUCGUUUUCCAAGCAUGCGAGCUCCAUCACACAUAUAAAGAGUGUCAAUCCACAUCAAGUUCUUGUGUCAGGACUACAGAGCUCAAUGGCUCUCUACGAUACACGAUUCCUCUCAAGAAAUCCCCGUGGAACCAAACCCCUUUUGCAUUUCCCUGAACAUCACAACGAGGCUCAUAUCCAUGUUGGGUGGGACGUAGCCCCUGCGUUGAAUGUUGUAGCUGCGGCACAAGAUAAUGGGACUGGAAUGCCAAGGGAGAGGUUGCCGAGUUUGUUUGUUGGCGAAGGACCUUCCCUAAGGAAGCUCUCGCUUGGAGUAAAGAGAUGGGAGGAUGAGGCUUGA